UUAUUUUCUUGGAUUCUCCUCUCUCUAUUUUUUUAUUCUAUCUUGGGAACUGUGAAAAUUAGCUUCUACAAGUACGAGGAGGAAAUAUUAACCGGUUAGGAGAAAAAUAAGGCAAGAAAUACAUAUAUUUUCUCUUAGAAUAUAUAACGAAGAGCAAGAAUUUUUCAAUUAAUCCAAUUUAACAGGUGGAUUUAUGGAAGAAGUAAAGAAGAAAGUAGAAGAAGAAGGGAGCUUAAAUGGGUUCUCUCCAGUUUCAUCUACUCCAGUUUUUUGGAAAUCCAGGAGAAGAUCAGCAUCGAGUGCGAAGAAUUUAGACGGUGCAGAAAAUGAUUCCGGUGCUGAUAAAGCAAUGGAAAAACAAGAAGAUUCUAUCAUGGAAGAAAAGCCACAAGAAUCGAACAGCGUUUCUGUUCUUUCUGAGAAACGGAAGGCUUUAUUUGAACCACUGGAACCAGCAAGCGGACGACGGCCUUCAGCUGAAUCCUUACUUCCACCUCCAGACUUUGAAUCCGCAAGCUAUCCAAAAGGGUGGCUGAUUGGGAAGAAGCGAAAGCUCGUGAAUGUGGACGUUGUCGAGAGUAUGCGAAGGAUUGCAGUACAGGAAAUAAAUCGAAAGGAUAGGGAAGUCGAUGGCCUGAACGAACAAUUAGAAGAGGAUGCUCGAGUCUUAGAGCAUCUUCAACUACAGCUACUGGAAGAACGAAGCAAGCGCACUGAUGUAGAGAGAACAAAUGCUAUGCUGCAAGACCAAAUUACGAUGCUCAUGAACAUGUUACAAGAGAAUGAACCAGAAGAGGACGAUGGACCAGACGAGCCCUGAAUUUUUAUUUUAUUUUCCUUUUUUAUGUCUUAUUCUUUCGUGUAUUUAUAGGCCAAAAGUCAAAAAAUAUGCUUGGUAUAAAUGUAUCGUCUUCUCUACCUGGUUUUGCUGUUGUAGUUUUAGUUUGAAUACUGUAUAAGGUGAGUUAGAGAGUAAUUCAAAACUGAAUGUAUAUGAAGAUGUUAAAAUCAUGCAGGGUUUGUUGAUGUCAAAUAAUGAAAUAAAUUGUGUUUCAAGAA